GCGAGCAGCCGCUUCAGAUUCUCGUCAUCGCUCGUGGAAGGCGCACCGCAAACGCCGCUCUCGUUCUCGAACUCAGUGUGAAAGCUCAGCCACCCACCGCCCACCGCCCAACGCCCGCCGGAACAGCCUCGCGAGUGUCCUAAAUCGAGUUCACCCACAGUAGUCCCAGAGUUACCCAUAAAAUCCCAACAAAAUGAGCAAGUUCGCUUGGGUGACGCUGACGACGAAUGACACGUACUCACUGGGUGCCUUGGUCCUGGCCCACUCCCUGAAGAGGGCCAAGACCGCCCACCAGCUGGCCGUCCUGGUCACGCCCACCGUCUCGCAGGCGAUGCGCGACCGCCUGAAGGAGGUGUACAACGUGGUGCAGGAGGUCAAUGUGCUGGACUCACAGGACGCCGCCAACCUGGCCCUGCUCGCCCGCCCCGAGCUGGGCGUGACCUUCACAAAGCUGCACUGCUGGCGCCUCGUCCAGUUCGAGAAGUGUGUCUUCCUGGACGCGGAUACACUGGUCCUGCAAAACUGCGACGAGCUGUUCGAGCGCGAGGAACUGUCCGCUGCUCCGGACGUCAGCUGGCCGGACUGCUUCAACUCCGGCGUGUUCGUGUUCCGCCCCAGCGUGGACACCUUCGGCCAGAUCACAGAGUUCGCCGUGAAGAACGGCAGCUUCGACGGCGGCGACCAGGGCCUGCUGAACCAGUUCUUCGCCGACUGGGCGACGGCGGACAUCAAGAAGCAUUUGCCCUUUGUUUACAAUGUGACGGCCUAUGCCUCGUACUGCUAUCUGCCCGCCUUCAAACAGUUCAGAGAUAAGAUUAAGAUUUUGCAUUUCGCCGGCAAGCUGAAGCCCUGGCUGAUUCAGUUCAACUCGGAGACAAAGGUGGCCAGCGUUUCGUCGGACUACGCCCACGCCCAGGAUCUGAUUCAGCUGUGGUGGAACAUCUUCUGCGAGAACGUGAUCCAGUCCCUGUCCACCGAAAUGUGCCACUGCCUAAACCUCAUGCACUCGCACAGCGCAUUCGCGGCGGAUGAACAGCACCAGCGGCAGCAGCAUGAGCUCUACCAGCAGCAGCAGCUGCACCACCAACUGUUGCAUGUCCGCCAGUUCCGCGACCCUUGGGCAGAUUACUAUGAGAAUCUGGAGAGGGAGCAGCGGGAGCAGGAGCAGCAGCAGCAGCAGCGCCACCAUCCCAGCCAGAAUCACAGCCAGGACAAUGGGAGUGCGGAGGCGGAUGAGAAUGAAUAUGCGAAUGCAGAUGAACAUGCCACUGAAUGGCAUCAUGACGAUGCAUGCCACCCACCUCCGCCACCGUCGACUCCUCCUCCACCCCCGAGCCAAAUUGAAAUCCAAACCCAUAGUGCCACUGCCAAUGCCGAAGACUUGCCUUCCGUAGAUGUGAAUAGCAGAGAGCUGAGCAUUUCACAACCACCUGAACACGCCUCCUCAGACACUGCCACGCCCACGCCCUCGUCCACGCCCACGCCCACGCCCACGCCUCAUCAUUCCGUGCAUAGUCAGACAGUAGAAAUUGCGACAAACCACCAACAAGAACAUGAAGUUGCAGCCACAACGCCGCCUGAGGCGGGUCUGGCUGGCGCCCUGUCACAGAUCCGCAUCGGCGAGCAGCGCACUCCCGAGCAGGAGGCCUACGAGAACCAGAUGCGCCGCCAGUGCUGGGAGUCCGGACAGAUCGACUACUCCGGCGCCGACUCCUUCGAGAACAUCUGGAAGAAGAUCUCGCAGACGCUGGAGAAGAAGAGCGACAAGGAGUCGCAAGAAACUGGUAGCUCAUAGAUACAAAACCGAAACAAACAAAGAACAAACAAAUGCAAAUCGUUCGUUAUUCGUCGUUUUGUUGCCAUUUUUUCUUGUACACGCACACACUCAGUCCCCAACCCCCCUAAAAAACAGAGAAACACACGCACACAGAACGGAUCCCAUAGAACCCCCCUUGGGAGGCGGGCGAACUGUGGCCAAUGUCAAGGAGCACCCGCUCUAAUUGAAAUUUAAGGUUCAGGCCAAAAAAUGUUGUCGAAACGAAUUCUUCAGAGUGUCAUAAAUGCAAUUUUAUUUGACCCCCCUCCCCGCACAUCUUCUUAAAAAGAAAGAGAACGCACAGAAAUUUUAAUUAAGUUUUCAAAUUAAACUUUUUGCACUGCUGCUGCUCUCGACAUACGUGAUGUGCAGUGAUGUGUGUGUGGGCGACACACUUGGCACAGUGGCCCCAAUCUCUUGCCACCCAAAAAAAAAAACACUCGGCCCCGGCCACAAACUUUUACACUUCAUUGUGUUUUAAUUGAAAAUGUUGUACUUCGCCCUCUCGUGUGUUUACCGAUUUACGAGGAAAGCGAUGACUUUUUGGCUCAUCUGCAUCGAAAUACAAAUUCAGUGUGGCAUAGCGUCCACUCCCUGACCUCCUCGCCCCCUGUUCCCACCCACAAUUGUACAUAUCUUUUGCUAUGAACAAAUACCAAACAAAGAGUGUACACCUACUCUAGAAAAGAUGAACGAAAACCAUUUAAAAUAAAGUAAAAUCAAAAAUGAAAUUGUAGCCCACAUUUUGUGGCUAUUGUCUAUCUGCAUGUGUGUGCGUGAGUGUGUGUGAGCGCCCCGCCCCCCCUUUUCUGCCGCCCACUCUUCGGAUCGAAUUCGAGCUGAGCGUUAAGUGUUUGUUUCAAGUGUUUUGGCAGCCUAACUUUUCUAUCUAUACAUAAAAACCAUUUAUGUUAUAAUUUACUUUUUGCAAAUAUUGUCGUAAUAUUUAUUCGAGAACAACAAGAACAAGAACCCCAACAACACAAACAAAUUUCAAUUUAAGAAACUCUGUUUAUAAA